AUGUUCAGAAACGCUCUGCGGCAGUCCAGCCGCUCUGUCGCGGCCGUCUCGGCCACUGGCCGUAUCGCCUCGUUUUUCUCCGCUACCUGGCAGGCUCGCGCGGCUGUUCCCGGCCCCCUCUCCGGUGCCUCGAAGCAGGUUCGCUCCUAUGCCGCCGAGGCCAAGGCUGCCCCUACCGAGGUCUCGUCCAUCCUCGAGCAGCGUAUCCGUGGUGUUCAGGAGGAGGCUGGUCUCGCUGAGACUGGUCGUGUUCUGUCGGUCGGUGAUGGUAUCGCCCGUGUCCACGGCAUGACCAACGUCCAGGCUGAGGAGCUGGUCGAGUUCGCCUCUGGUGUCAAGGGUAUGUGCAUGAACCUCGAGGCCGGCCAGGUCGGUGUCGUGCUGUUCGGUUCCGACCGUCUCGUCAAGGAGGGUGAGACUGUCAAGCGUACCGGCGAGAUUGUUGAUGUCCCCGUCGGCCCUGAGAUGCUUGGCCGUGUUGUCGACGCUCUGGGUAACCCCAUUGACGGCAAGGGCCCCAUCGCGACCAAGGAGAAGCGCCGUGCCCAGCUCAAGGCCCCUGGUAUCCUGCCCCGCCAGUCCGUCAACCAGCCCGUCCAGACCGGCAUGAAGUGUGUCGACUCCAUGGUGCCCAUCGGCCGUGGCCAGCGUGAGUUGAUCAUUGGUGACCGUCAGACCGGUAAGACUGCCGUCGCCGUCGACACCAUGCUCAACCAGAAGCGCUGGAACAACGGCAACGACGAGGCCCAGAAGCUGUACUGCAUCUACGUCGCCGUCGGCCAGAAGCGCUCGACCGUUGCCCAGCUGGUCAAGACCCUGGAGGAGAACGAUGCCAUGAAGUACUCGAUCAUCGUCGCUGCCACCGCCUCGGAGGCCGCCCCCUGCAGUACAUUGCUCCCUUCACCGGUUGCGCCAUGGGCCGUUGCCUACCGUCAGAUGUCCCUGCUGCUGCGUCGUCCCCCCGGUCGUGAGGCCUACCCCGGUGACGUUUUCUACCUCCACUCCCGUCUGCUGGAGCGUGCCGCCAAGAUGAACAAGACCCACGGUGCUGGUUCCCUGACUGCUCUGCCCAUCAUCGAGACCCAGGGUGGUGACGUGUCGGCCUACAUUCCCACCAACGUCAUUUCCAUCACUGACGGCCAGAUCUUCCUGGAGUCCGAGCUGUUCUACAAGGGUAUCCGUCCCGCCAUCAACGUCGGUCUGUCCGUGUCCCGUGUCGGUUCCGCCGCCCAGGUCAAGGCCAUGAAGCAGGUCGCCGGUUCCCUGAAGCUGUUCUUGGCUCAGUACCGUGAGGUCGCUGCCUUUGCCCAGUUCGGUUCCGAUCUGGAUGCUUCCACCAAGCAGACUCUGAACCGUGGUGAGCGUCUGACCGAGCUGCUCAAGCAGAAGCAGUACAGCCCCAUGGCCGUCUCCGACAUGGUGCCCCUGAUCUUCGCCGGUGUCAACGGUCUCCUCGACAACAUCCCGGUCGCCAAGAUCCUCACCUGGGAGUCUGACUUCCUCGCCCACCUCAAGAGCUCCCACCCCGAGAUCCAGCAGACCGUCGAGAAGGAGGGCCAGGUCAGCAAGGAACUUGAGGGUCAGCUCAAGGAGGUCAUCGGCGCCUUCAACAAGUCCUUCAGCGCAUAG